UUCCAGGGGUACCCAGGGUACAAAUAAACACUCACCCCAAAUCUCCCCCUAACUGACCUUCAGACUGGACCCUCUUAGCUCAUAACAAGGUUACAGAUAUAUAGCAGCAGACAGUGGCAAGGUGUAGAGAGUCAGCUCUGGGGCCCAGCAGAGCAGAGAGGGUGUGAUUGAGAGGAAGUGGGCGUGUCAGUAGGUGAGUCAGCAGAGCGUUGCUAUUGGCCAGUGAGUGAGGCAGCCGUAGGUCCAUUCAUGGGUACAGAUCCAAUAGAAGAGCAGCAGCUCCAGCCUGGGGUCCCUCCUCCUCCUGCACCUGAUCUCUCCCCCUUGUGUCUGGGCUCCGGGGCCCCAGGCUUAGACGUGUGAAUGGAGUCAGGUGGAAUAAUGGAGUUCCCUGCCCCCGUCCUGCUGUCCAUCUGUCCAUCUUCCCACGAGGAUUAGCCCCCCCACUUUCCCCUAGAGGAGCGGGAUAUAUAAAUAGAUGGAUUUAUUUCUCACCCAGUGCGUUUCCUCUGGGGGGGACCCUCCUGCCGGUGCCUCAUAUCUCUGCCCACCCAGCAGCCUGUUCCCUUUGAUGUAUUGAUUGGUGGGAGGGGCCACGCUGUGUGGCACUUGCUCCCAGUGACUGUCAUAUCUCUUGGCCUCUCACUGGAUCAUGACCUGCUUCUCUCCUCUGAUGCUCUGAUGCUCUGACUCCCCUUUAUAACGGAGGGGUCUGUACCAAUGUGGGGUCCCAGGGGGAGAUCCAUGUAGACAGCGGGUUUGGCCGGCACCAGACAAUGAGAAGCCGACCCCCCCUUGCUGUAGAGUGCAAGCUGGCCGCUGGCAUCAUGGAUCUGCUUCCCAAAACCAAGUACAAUCACCUUCGUAAUGAGUCGCUCAGCUCGGGAGAAGAGGCUUUGGCCGCUGGGCCCCUCAGUCCUUCAGUGGAAAUGGUGGGGUCCCAGUCUGUGGCCCACUCAGCCUCCUCUUCCUCCCUGGCCCCCAUGCUGGCCGAGCUUUCCUCUGAGUCGGAGGAGAGUCCCACCACCCUGUGCUCCUUCUUCCCCAAAAUGGGCAACCGGAAACUUUCCAACCGGGCCAAUCUGCUCAACCCGCGCAGCUUCUCCUCCAAGGAGAGUGUCAGCCCCGGGGAGCAAGGGGAGCCCCCCAAUGAAGGCAGUAGCCCAGAAUCAGGCGGCACUUUCACUGUUUUCUCAAAGGAUAUGAACAAACUGAGCUGCGGGAGAAAGUCCCGAGUGGAAGGAGGACAACUGGCUGGUGAUGAAUGGACCAGACACGGGAGCUUUGUCAAUAAACCCACCCGAGGCUGGCUGCACCCCGACGACAAGGUCAUGGGCCCCGGAGUUCCCUAUCUGGUCAGGUACAUGGGAUGUGUGGAGGUUCUGCAGUCAAUGAGAGCCUUGGAUUUCAACACCCGGACGCAAGUCACAAGGGAAGCCAUAAGCCUGGUGUGUGAUGCUGUCCCAGGAGCAAAGGGGGCAAUGCGACGGAGAAAGACUUGCGGACGCUCCUUAAACUCCAUCCUAGGAAAAAGCAACCUGAAGUUUGCGGGCAUGCCAAUCACACUGACUGUGUCCACCAGUAGCCUCAACCUCAUGGCUUCCGACUGCAAACAGAUCAUCGCCAACCAUCACAUGCAGUCUAUAUCCUUUGCUUCUGGGGGAGAUCCGGACACAGCUGAGUAUGUUGCGUAUGUGGCCAAAGAUCCAGUCAAUCAGAGAGCCUGCCAUAUCUUGGAGUGCCCGGAGGGCCUUGCUCAGGACGUGAUCAGCACAAUAGGACAGGCUUUUGAACUUCGCUUCAAGCAAUACCUCAAAAAUCCCCCCAAACUGGUCACCCCCCACGACAGAAUGGCUGGUUUUGAUGGGUCGGCGUGGGAUGAGGAAGAGGAGGAGCUCCCAGACCACGCCUAUUACAAUGAUUUCCCAGGGAAAGAGCCCCCUAUUGGGGGAGUAGUGGAUAUGAGGCUGCGAGAUGGCGCUGCAGUUCCAAGGCAGAGUCCAAAUCACAUGGGUGCCACCCUGCCAAUGGGACAGGUUUCUGGUGCAGAACAAGAUUCCAGGAAGAUGCAGCCCACAGGGCAAGGCAAGGAGAGGUUCCUAAUUCCCUGCUGUCGGCCUUCUAAUUGCCCUGAUCUCUUCGAUGACCCCUCCUACGUCAAUGUCCAGAACCUGGAGAAGUCCCGGCAGCCUCUGCGCGCAGCAAACGGACAAACGGACAUCUUCGACAUGAAGCCAUUUGAUGAUGCGCUGCCCUCGGCUCAGGCAAUAGUGAGUAUAGAGGAUCAGCUGAAUCGGGAGCCCUGGUACCAGGGUAAGAUGAGCCGCAAGGAAGCAGAGAGGCUGCUGAAAGUGAAUGGAGACUUCCUGGUGCGGGAGAGUACCACCACCCCGGGGCAAUACGUACUGACCGGCCUGCAGUGUGCCCAGCCCAAACACUUGCUGCUCGUGGACCCUGAAGGGGUGGUUCGAACCAAAGACCACAGGUUUGAGAGUGUCAGUCACCUGAUCAGUUAUCACAUGGACAAUCACUUGCCCAUCAUCUCGGCUGGGAGUGAGCUCUGCCUUCAGCAGCCGGUGGAGCGGAGACAGUGACCCCGCCUUCUUGCUGGGCUCCGCCCCUUCACCAACACUACCCACAUCUCCUUCUGUCUUUCCUUCGUCCAGAGGAAGUGACUUCUGGCCAUGUCUCCGGCAAGCGCUGCUGUAGUAGGCGGAGCCUCCCGGGGCCCAGCUUGGCUUAGGGCCACUGAUAACUGCACAAGAGCCUCCUACGUGUCCCCAAUUACCCCAGAGACCCCAAGCUGAGACACAAUGAGCAGAAUAGGAGCACUCGGGCCUUGCUGUGGUGCCAGGAUACACUGGGGUCAGACUCUUCCAUGGGCACUGCCAGUGUCUCUGCACAAUGCCGUCCCUUUAAGCACACGCACUCCAAACUGCAUCUGCCCAACACUCUCUAGUGCCUUUACUCCCCACCGCUCACACAAACAGCAGCUGUGGCACCCACCUAUGCCCAGCACCCACCUCAGGACUGGCUCACAACUGACAGAAGAGGGAUCCAUUGGAUCUUUCUUACCAUUGGUGGGUUUGCUCUGAGUCCCCUCCCAAACCUGCCGUGUUCUUCUCCUGGGAGACAGACGGACAAGUUGAAGUCUUUCUUUCCUGGGACUCGAGGCAAGAGACAUCUGGGGGUCGUAUUGGGGGGGUCUCUGUACCUUGUGCCUUAUCCACCGCUCACCUGUUACCUGUCGUCUCCUGUCGUGGCCCUACCAGCAAGAGGGGCCCCAGUAUGUCGUCUUUGUGUCCAUCUCACUCUGUGACUGACGUCUUCCCAAGCUGUCUCGGGCAAAGCUGUCCUCUCACACGGGUCUCUCUGUGUAACUGCUGCUCCUCUAGCUGAGAACCCAAAUAAAUGGCCACCCACGGGUGCCUCCCAGCUGUCACAUGAUCACCAGUGCUCCGUAGUUAAGCCAAUAUCUGAUGGAUCUCCCCUCCAGCUGGAGUUGUGCUAUUGGUUGGCUCAAAGCGCAACAUUUAGAGGGGGAGACAAGUCUGCGUCAGAUAAUACUGGUCACAUUAAAGGGAAAGUUUCCCUAAAAUAACUCUCAAUAGCCAGUAGGGGCCCUGGGCAGGUUCAGGUGAUUGACAUUUCCUUCAUCUUGGAACCCAAACUUACUCCCUGUUUCUUGCUGGGGCCCAACCAAAAGGUGGGGGAGCCAAUGUGAGAGCCGCCAUCUUGUUUCAUUUUCCCAGAGUUCCCUGUGAUGUUGCAUGGGCAGAAUAGCAGUAAAUGCCCUGCAGCGCCCGUGUGCUGGUAUAGGGUGGCACAAUGAAACAAGUUGGCCUCUCUCACAUUGGUCCCCCCACUGUACUAACUUCCUGAUCAGGUUGCUAUGGGCACUGCCCCUGGAUUCGAUGAGAUGGUGUGUUAAAGGGGCAGUACACCCUCCCCCCCCCUAGUUCAACCUUAGCACUGAACUCCCUUUGUGCUCAGGAUUUCCAAUAAAAGCAAUCUAUAGGCUUGUGUUUCGUUAAAAUGGUGGCAGGUAGAGAUGGCAGUUGAAUGUACGAAGAACUCCUCUUUCCCUGUAAGCCCGAGACACAGGCAGCAUCGAUGGGAGGGACAUCGUUAUACUGAGCGGAUCUCCUGAUCCAGGACUUCUGCUUCAAAGGAAAGACUUCUCCACCCCAGGAGAAUGGGGGGAUCAUGAGAAAUCUACGGUUUUCAGUUUCCCCCAUUAAAAUGCAAUCAUUUUAAAACAAGUAAAAAUAAUAAUUAGCAAAUCUAAUAAUUGACUUGCUGCUGCCGGGGGGCGGAGCCCAUGUCCCACUCACUAUUGCUGGAGUUGUAGUUGAACAAGAUGAGGAGCACGCACUUCCCUGUGCUACAAUUUUGUAUAAGUCAAUGAUGAGGGUAACUUCCCCUUUAAAAGCAUUUGAACCUCUGCUCCCUCCAUAGCCGGGUGGAAGUGGUAGUUGUGCUGCUCCCACAGUCUGGGGAAUGAGACAAUCGGCUGAGGAGGAGGGAAUGGGGCUGUACCCCGCUCUGUAUUGGGGACAAUGAUUCACCCCCCAAUCAUGUACAUAAAUCUGAUCUUUGUAUUGCAUGUCACUUUGUACCCCGACACCAAAGUCUCACCCCAGUGCACAUUCUGCAUAUCUGACACGCACACGCGUGUACCCCCAACACCCCCCAUGUAUAUGUCCCACUUUCUUAUUGUUUUAAUCAGAUGCCUCGAUUAUACCAAAGGAACUCAGAUCUUCUGCUUCUUAUUGUUAUUAAAGUGAUAUUUCUAUACAAAGUC